CGCGUUCAUUGGUCGUGACGUAGCAGGGCUACAUCAAUACUGUUACCACUGAUACGAAUUUAACCGGAACCCUGGUAUUACUGAGAAGCUUACUGGAUACGAGUGACAUUGGCACAUAUUAAUUAACAAGUUGUUGAAAUGACUGGGUUUUUACUUUUGACCUUCAUCAGACAAUCACUUGCGUAGUUUUCCGAAAUCACAUUGCUGCGUCCACUUGAGCGAAACUGCCUUUGGACUACAGGUACGACAGGUGCCCGAUCUGUCAAAAGUGUACAAGAAAUGUUGGCAUGACAUUUCCCAGGUGUCAUUAAAGUUUCAUCAACAGGCAGUGGGGAAAUGAUUGACAUGUGUUCAUCCAGCGUUCCACAAGAUGGCUAGCAUGGGGAUCCCCAGCCCAAAGGAACAAAUAGCCUGCCAGCUCCUGCUGAAGCAGCCGGAGUGCAGACACAGCUCCUGGCUACGUAAACAGAGCUUCAGAAAUAAGGUGCAACUUUUCCGAUGGCCCCAGGUGUUUGUUGUGCUGAGUGGGGGCUGUCUGUACUACUACCGGAAUGAGACGGCCAAGACCCCGGCAGGAUCCUUCUCCUUAUAUGGGUACAAUAGUGUUGUAAGGGCGUCAGAUAUCCCACCCUCCGAAGCGCCAUGGGCCCUCAGGGUGAUCCAUACACACCAGGAGUACAAAACUUACCUCUUCUCUGCCUCCUCUGAGAUCGAAAUGAAGGACUGGAUGAAGAAGAUAAAGAAGGAAAUGAAGAUGGCCAACAACCAGAACAUUCGCUCAGCCGCAGAUGGACAGGACGAUGACAACAGCUCGGAGACCUACCAGGAUAUCGAGACAAAGAUAUACGAAGAUCCACACUCGUUUGUGAUCCCUACAAACUAUAGUAAUCGGAAGAAGGAUGAUUUUACUGAUGAUGAUGAUCUCUACCGACUACGAGAACCAGCAGCGCCCCCUGUACCCCCGAGAGAGGGAGCCAGGACAAAGAAGGCAGAAAUGCACACUACAAAAACAGUACAGGAUUUAUCUAAAGAAUUGCAUUCAAAGUUGGAUCUAACUAAAAUGCGGUCAAGAGGAGGGUAUAUAAAGGGCACAGCAGGAGAGACAAAAAGACCAAAGAGGGGAAGCCCAGAAGGAGCCAGUAUUAAACAAAAGACUACCGAAGUGGCACAUGGAGCAAUAGAAGAUGAGGAAGAGGAAGAAUACACCCCGGAGAAGUAUUGGUCAGCUAUCCACUUCGUGGGCACAGAAAAAGAAAAAGCUAGCGAUAUCAUCCGACAAUUAGGUGAAGAUGGAGUAUAUUUAAUCCGGGAUGGAGCUGAAGGAGGUAAAGUCUUGGUUGUUUUUGCGGGUGAUAUUCCAAGAAAAUUCAAGAUAGAAUACCAGAGCAGCUACUACUUUCUAAACAGCAAGAAAGACGUGUACUUUCAGACUUUAGAGGAACUUAUGCGCCACUACUAUGAUGAAAACUUACCUGGCUACAAGGUUACCUUAUCAACUCCAUUCCAGCUCCAUCCAAAGUUUAAACCACACAUGAUGUAGCCUGCUGUCCGUCAAGGUACACUCAAAGUUGAUUUGUUUUAAACGCAGAGGAUUCUUUUGAGGAGAGUGAUUGUUUGGAAAUACUCACAAGUGUGAUUCUCAAAUGGAAGACUCCUUUGCUGGAAGAUCAGUCUGGCAUCUGUGCUGGAAAGUAAAUUCAUUCGAAGACAGAUGAUUUCCAGGGGACAUGACUCUCUUGCCAGUUUUGUCUCAUGAAUUAAUUCUCUUUCAUUGCUGAGCAAAACAAGAAAACUGUUAAUUUAUAUUGUUUGAGCAAACCCAGCACAAAGACACCCUUUUCUUCCACCUGAAGUGUGUUUAGAGUUGUCUGCCCUUGUUUGUGGUUUCAAGGGUCGCCUCAUCAGGAUUGACAAUGGAAAGGCUUCCAGACCAACAGGGCGUAUAACGUAGAUAUAUCAAGAUGACUUCCCUGUUUUGUACAACAUUGUAUAUGCCCAAAGCUGCGUAAUCCAGUUGUGGAUAGAAUUCCAUUGUUGAUAGAUACGGUUGGUGAUUUAGAACCAUCAUGGUCUCAACAUAGACAUAUUAUUUGCAAAGAUUUACAUUUUGGUUUUAUAUUUUAGUUUCAUAUUUGCGUUACUUUUGUAUCUUUUAGCAGAGUCAGUAUGCAUGUUGGUAAUCAUCAAUGGCAACUUGCCUUGUCUGAGCUAGACAUCAUGUACAAGGAGUGACUAGUUUAUCGUUACAAUAUUGGUAUAAAAAACAAACUGCAAAAACUAAUAUGAACAGUUUUUUGGUACUUUCUAAAUUAACCGGUUAAAAUAAUAUUUUGUAAACUGAUGUUUCCAGCAUAAUAAUGUACCAGGAGCAGUGUUGUUUGUGAAUUUUCAUAUACAUUAUGUGUUUCACAACUAUUACUAAUCAUCCUAUAUUCAGAAAUCCUAAAUUAGAAAACCUAUUUUAUAAACAAAAUACAAAUGGUGAGGCAGAUACAUAUUUUGGUGACAUUUAUCUAAAUCAUUGGAGUCAUUUAGGCUCUGAACACUGUAUUAUUGCCUCCUUUAUGUAGGAAAACUAAUCUUGUUAUUGCUACAUGAGAUGCAUCAGAGCUUUGUGCCUGUGAUAUUACCUGUGAAUGUAUCAGAGACGUAUCGUGGUGAGUGUUCUUCAUAUUGCUGCCGUGUAAGUUUCAUAAACACCAGGUCUCUUGACAGUAUAUGUGUCAAGAUCUGCGGAGGUUCCUUCAGGUCAUCCUAGUGGUGCAGCAAUGUGGCAGUACAGCUCAUGCUACAGUACAUCAGUUUACAACCCCUGUAUUGUGCUACAUCCUGUACAUUACAUGACAGGUAAUGCUGAUGACAAUACCAGAUUAAGCUCAGAGACUGUUGAACAUGUUCAAGGACCAGCUUGUCCCCCGCCGUGAUGUUGCUGGAAUAUUGCUAAAAGCAGCGUAAAACCAAAGUCAGUCAGUCAGUCAGUCAGUCAAGGACCAGCUUAUGCAGAUUCUCUAGUGUUUCCAGUUAAUAUGGAAUUUUUGUUAUUUUUUGUGUUAAGAAUUUUGAUAUCUGAUAUCUGUCUUUGCUCUUGCAGUCUUACAUUUCUUAAACGUUUAGUAAAGAUAGUAAAGAGGUCCCAAAACAUGAUCUUAUAUUGCAUGUGCCCAGUGGAAGAAGGGUGACACACAGCAAGUAACUCUGGACCUUAUUGUUGUAUGAAUGCCCAGCUGUCAGUUGUGUGAUACACUAUGUGUACUGAUACAGUGACAAUCAGGAUCUCUAUGAUGUUGAAUCAUCUGUGCUGCAAAUCAAAUCAUAUGUCCAGUCCUAUGUUAAACAGUGUUUGCGUUAAAUAGCUUUCACAAGUUCUGUUUGGCAACUGGUAUGUCUACAGUACCGGUAUAUAUCCACACAGGACAUCUCAUGUUUCUGGAUGGCGAUUAAACGUUGUAUUUAAUGAGCCCUUAUGGAGAGUAAUCACAUGUCCACACAGCAACGAGUCGUAAUAAGGUAACUGUUUGGACAUGUCCUAGGCAAUCAGAGUGUCUUGUACUGAGGAAAGUCUCCAUGCUGCUAAGGUCACCAAGCACAAGGAUGGAAACUGAUCCUGAUCUGAUCUCAGAAUAAAGAUUAUCCAGAUAAGUUUGCCCAAAUCCCUAAUGGCUAUAUCUGGCCAGAUCUAUGAGGUGAUGCCAUGUCAUUUUGUAAAUGCUGAAAACAGCGUCUACCUGAUCUUCACAUUCGCAUAAUUGUCCAAAGGUGAUUCCUGUGGCUACCGUUUUUAUCUGUUGCCUUAUUUUGCUGAUAAAAGCUUGACAUUAUUGUUAUAAAUAUUGAUACAUGUAUACAACUGAAUGGUGCAACAUCAUGGUCAGUAGUCAGUGGUUGUUUCAGUGUAACCCUUGUUAUAUGCCAAACAGUGAUUAACAUUGUAUAUUUACCGGCUGCUUGAAGAAAUACUUACUAGUGGUUGAUCCAGAGCUUUUGUUUUCUUGUUUUACAGAAUGUGUUGGUCAGUGAUAUACUAGUGGAGGCGAAGAACUAUUAUGUCAGGCAUAGAAAGAAUUGUGCAAGAAAAAUGAAAACUUUCAAUAAGAGAUGCCAUUCCAUGAAACAAGGAAACUUUUGCGCUUGCCUCCUGCCUUACCUUAUGACUUGUGAAUGAAAUGUUGUAUAGAAGAAUAUGAAAUGCACUCUCGGAACUGUUCAACACUUGCUACCUAGUAAAUGUUUGUCAUAACUUCAGAAGGCUUCAUAGAUGAAAUUCUUUCAUUAUGAAAAUGGUAGAAUUAUUUCUUGUGCAGUCACAAGUUCAAAAUGUGUUAAAAUGUUUAGUUGAGACAACAAGACUGAAAGAACAUUCAGUCCAUCAAGAUGAGAAACACAAUUUAUUUUCUAGUAGGUCUUGAUUAUUUUUCAAAUCUUCAGACAUGCUAAUAAACUAUAAGCCUUUUUUUUCCAAAGAUGUGUUUGUCACUAUAGAUGAAAGAUUCAUUUAUGACAAGGAGAGCUGCACCCAGAAAGAAUGUACAUGGGAAUUGUAUGGAUGUGUUUGCAAGUUCUAUUUCCUGCUACUUACUGCUAGUCAAACUAUUUGCCUUAUAAAGUACACUGCAUUUUGAAGCUAUCGUAUACAAAAGUAGUUACCCUGUGCCUAUGGUCAGUAUAGACUGAAUGUGCAUCACGUGUUGUAAUUAUGUCACCAGCAGGAAGUCCACCAACACAGAGGCCAUUACUGGUGUUUUACUGUGAUACUGUGUAAGAUUAUGGCACUGUGGAUAUUGUACACUAAGCUUCUAGUUUAAUCCAUACCAAUAGUCAGAUUGUUUUGUUCAUUCUUUACUUCAAGUGGAUUACUCCCCCUUGGUCUAUCAGCGCUAUAUCCUGGCUGAUGGAAUGUUACCAUAGUGAUAAAUGUCUGUAUCGCACCGCAUGUCAUUGUUGAGAUCCGAUUGGUUCAUGUGAUCUUGUUGAAAUAUCUCACCUGGGAGGGAAAUAAAUGUCGGGUUUGUAGAAUAUAUCUGUUAUACCCUGUGACAAAGAAAUCAGGCAUGCUUAUUCAGCACUUCCAGUUUUUGAGCUUGGUGUCUUCUGUUUAUAUGUCCAGGUGAUGAGUGGAUGUAUUGUCAUGUAUUGUCAAGAGUUAGUUAUUGUCCAAGUUAGAUCAUCAAAUCCUGAAGCAUGCUUUGCUAUGUUAUUGAUGAUACAUCCAAUAGCAAAUAUUUUGGGGGGGCUUUUCAUUUUGAGUACAAAGUUAGUUUCCGACAUUUUUGCAGCGUCAAUAAUGAAAGUACACCCUAGGUAGGAAUUUUAUAGCUAUUACUGAAUGAUAUAUGUCUUGAAACUAUUACUUAUGCUGACAAA